CGCAAAUUGUAAACCCCUUCCCAAAGCACAAAAUCAAUAAUGCGCGCAUCUUUUUAAUUAAACAAAAUAAAUAUUUUUCGAAACGAUCUUCUUCAAAAAUAAAUUGGCAACUUUCCAACUGGCUUUCCAUUCUAUUAUGUCUAGUUGCCAAUCGCCCCCUCCUUCCGUGCUUUAAGGCGGGAGAAUUUUUUAUUUCAGUCCACUCAUUUCUUCAUUAUUUCAAAUUUUGUUGCUGUCUGCCUCUCAACAUUAUAAAUAUAAUGUCUGCUGACCAAAUCACACUUUUAUUUUCUCUCUCUGUUGACGACUGUUGCUCUCAUGAUUUUUUGUUUGCAGACAUACAAACAAACAAACACAUUUUUGCUCACGAGUCUAAAAAAGAAAGAAAAAUAUUCAUACACAAGUGGUAUGACUAUACGCGUUUUUACUUACUCUUCUUUUUCCCAAUUUUUCCGCGGAUACACAUUUUGCCAAUUCGACAUUUUGCCUAUAAGGCUAAAAACACACAUUUUGUCAGCAAACUUAUUGACAAAAUGUAAGUUUUUAGCCUUAUUGGCAAAAUGUGUACUUGGCAAAAUGUGUCGACGCGCUUCUUUUUCGCGUCUGUCUCUUCUACAUUUUUAUAUUCCCUUCUCUUUUCCCCUUUUUUCUUGAAACAAAAAAACUCUUGACUCUCUCUCUUUCUCAAUCUUUUUUUUUGCAUUCUUUAACUUGUCUACUCAGUCAGCCGCACUUAUAUAUUUAUGUGUGUGUUUGACUUGGAUAACCAAGUGUUGCAAGCGGUGGCUGGCUUUUUUUUAUUUUUGGCAGCUCGCCAAAACAUUCUCUCUCCCCUUAUUUUCCCAAAAGAGACACACGGCUUCCACACACACAAAUAUAUACACUACCACACACUGGCGGCAUCCAAAAAUUUCCUCCAAAACAAAAAUGCAUGCCGGCAACUCUAAUUUUUUAGUAUAUCAUCAUUGUUCCUUUCUGAACUCAUUUGUUUUUGUGUGUGCUUUUCCCCAAACAGAGCUUUUCCCCAACAGAGCUUUUCCCCUCUUCCCC